AGGGGUGAGGGCGGUGAGGGCGGCCGGUGCUGGAGCGACGGCAGCGGCCGCGGCCGGAGGAGCAAUAGCAGCAGCCGUGGCGGCCACAGGGCGGGGCGCGGCGGUCGGGGACCGCGGCCGGGGCUGCAGGCGGCGGAGCGGCGGGCUUGCCAACACUUGGUGUCACAUGUGAGCCUUCCACAUGUGUUCACUCUCCAUUCCAGCUCUGUGAUUGAAUUCUGCUCUUAUUGACUAGGGGGCAAUUGGGCAGGCAUGCUUCAUUCCUGGAAUUGACAGUCAUUCCAUUUUUGAAUAUACUAACAUUGAGUCAGCACUUCUAAAGCUCUGCCUUCUCCCACUGGCUUCACUUGGCCUUCAGACAUAAUGAGGAGACUGGCUUUUCGAGGCGCUGGUUGUGCUCUGGUAAAGCUGAAGAAGUUGGAUUCCAUGGGUUCCAAGAGAAGAAGAGCCACCUCCCCCUCCAGUAGCGUCAGCGGGGACUUUGAUGAUGGACACCAUUCUGUGUCCACACCAGGCCCAAGCAGGAAAAGGAGGAGACUUUCCAACCUUCCCACGGUAGAUCCUAUUGCUGUGUGUCAUGAACUCUACAACACUAUUCGAGACUAUAAGGAUGACCAGGGCAGGCUCCUCUGUGAGCUCUUCAUUAGGGCUCCAAAGCGAAGAAAUCAACCAGACUAUUAUGAAGUAGUUUCUCAACCAAUUGACUUGAUGAAAAUCCAGCAGAAAUUAAAAAUGGAAGAAUAUGAUGAUGUUAAUCUGCUCACUGCUGACUUCCAGCUGCUUUUUAACAACGCAAAGGCCUAUUAUAAGCCAGAUUCUCCUGAAUAUAAAGCUGCUUGCAAACUCUGGGAUUUGUACCUUCGAACAAGAAAUGAGUUUGUUCAGAAAGGAGAAGCAGAUGAUGAAGAUGAUGAUGAAGAUGGGCAAGACAAUCAAGGCGCAGUAACUGAAGGAUCUUCUCCAAGUUACCUGAAGGAGAUUCUGGAGCAGCUUCUUGAAGCCAUAGUUGUAGCCACAAAUCCAUCAGGACAUCUGAUUAGCGAACUUUUUCAGAAACUGCCUUCAAAAGUGCAAUAUCCAGACUACUACGCAAUAAUCAAGGAGCCUAUAGAUCUCAAGACCAUUGCACAGAGGAUACAGAACGGAAGUUACAAGAGUAUUCAUGCAAUGGCCAAAGACAUAGAUCUCCUAGCAAAAAAUGCCAAAACAUAUAAUGAACCUGGUUCUCAAGUAUUCAAGGAUGCAAAUUCAAUAAAAAAAAUAUUUUAUAUGAAAAAGGCAGAAAUUGAACACCAUGAAAUGACUAAGUCCAGCCUUCGAAUAAGGACUUCAUCAAACUUGGCUGCAGCUAGGCUGACAGGUACUUCACACAGCAAAAGUGGCCUGAGUGACGAGAGAAAUCCCACUAGCAAGUAUUACCGUAAUAAGAGAGCAGUCCAAGGCGGUCGUUUGUCAGCAAUCACCAUGGCACUUCAGUAUGGCUCAGAAAGUGAAGAAGAUGCAGCUUUAGCUGGAUCAUUCCCGGUGGUGCUCAGGAGACCAUGUGGUGCUGGGGAUCAAACCGGGGUCUGUCGCAUGCAAGCUGCACGUUAUGAGGAAGGAGAGUCAGAAGCAGAGAGCAUUACUUCAUUUAUGGAUGUUUCAAAUCCUUUUUACCAGCUUUAUGACACAGUUAGGAGCUGUCGGAACAACCAAGGGCAGUUAAUAGCUGAACCUUUUUUCCAUUUGCCUUCAAAGAAAAAAUAUCCUGAUUAUUACCAGCAAAUUAAAAUGCCCAUAUCACUGCAACAAAUCAGAACAAAGCUAAAGAACCAAGAAUAUGAAACUCUAGAUCAUUUGGAGUGUGACCUGAAUUUAAUGUUUGAAAAUGCCAAACGCUAUAAUGUUCCCAAUUCAGCCAUCUAUAAGCGAGUUCUAAAAUUGCAGCAAGUCAUGCAGGCAAAGAAAAAAGAGCUUGCCAGAAGAGAUGACAUUGAGGAUGGAGACAGCAUGAUUUCUUCAGCCACCUCUGAUGCUGGUAGUGCCAAAAGAAAAAGUAAAAAGAACAUAAGAAAGCAGCGAAUGAAAAUCUUAUUCAAUGUUGUUCUUGAAGCCCGAGAACCAGGUUCAGGCAGAAGACUUUGUGAUCUCUUUAUGGUUAAACCAUCGAAAAAGGACUAUCCCGAUUAUUACAAAAUCAUCUUGGAGCCAAUGGACUUGAAAAUAAUUGAACAUAACAUUCGCAAUGACAAGUAUGCAGGGGAAGAGGGAAUGAUAGAAGACAUGAAGCUUAUGUUUCGGAAUGCGAGACACUACAACGAAGAGGGCUCCCAGGUAUACAAUGAUGCGCACAUCUUGGAGAAGUUGCUCAAAGAUAAAAGGAAAGAACUGGGUCCACUGCCUGAUGACGAUGACAUGGCUUCUCCCAAACUCAAACUGAGUAGGAAGAGUGGCAUAUCUCCUAAAAAAUCAAAAUACAUGACUCCAAUGCAGCAAAAACUUAAUGAAGUCUAUGAAGCUGUAAAGAACUAUACUGAUAAAAGGGGCCGCCGCCUCAGUGCUAUAUUUCUGAGACUUCCGUCCAGAUCUGAAUUGCCAGAUUACUAUUUGACUAUUAAAAAGCCCAUGGACAUGGAAAAAAUUCGAAGUCACAUGAUGGCCAACAAAUACCAAGACAUAGACUCUAUGGUUGAGGAUUUCGUCAUGAUGUUCAACAAUGCCUGUACAUACAAUGAACCCGAGUCUUUGAUAUACAAAGAUGCCCUUGUUCUACACAAAGUCCUCCUUGAAACACGGAGAGACCUAGAGGGAGAUGAGGAUUCUCAUGUCCCAAAUGUAACCUUGCUGAUUCAAGAGCUUAUCCACAAUCUUUUUGUGUCAGUCAUGAGUCAUCAGGAUGAUGAGGGAAGGUGCUACAGUGACUCAUUAGCAGAAAUUCCUGCUGUGGACCCCAACUUUCCAAAUAAACUUCCUCUUACUUUUGACAUAAUUCGGAAGAAUGUUGAAAAUAAUCGCUACCGGAGGCUCGAUUUAUUUCAAGAGCAUAUGUUUGAAGUAUUGGAAAGAGCAAGAAGAAUGAAUCGGACAGAUUCUGAAAUAUACGAAGAUGCAGUAGAACUUCAGCAGUUUUUUAUUAAAAUUCGUGAUGAACUCUGCAAAAAUGGAGAGAUCCUUCUUUCACCAGCUCUCAGCUAUACCACGAAACAUUUACAUAAUGAUGUAGAGAAAGAGAAAAAGGAAAAAUUACCAAAAGAAAUAGAAGAAGAUAAACUAAAACGAGAAGAAGAAAAAAGAGAGGCUGAAAAGAGUGAAGAUUCCUCUGGUGCUGCUGGCCUCUCAGGCCUUCAUCGGACAUAUAGCCAGGACUGUAGUUUUAAGAAUAGCAUGUACCAUGUUGGCGAUUAUGUCUAUGUGGAGCCUGCAGAAAGCAACCUACUGCCACACAUUGUCUGUAUAGAGAGACUAUGGGAAGAUUCAGCUGGUGAAAAAUGGUUGUAUGGCUGUUGGUUUUAUCGGCCAAAUGAAACAUUCCAUCUGGCUACACGAAAAUUUCUAGAAAAGGAAGUUUUUAAGAGUGACUAUUAUAAUAAAGUUCCUGUUAGUAAAAUUCUAGGCAAAUGUGUAGUCAUGUUUGUCAAGGAAUACUUUAAAUUAUGCCCAGAAAACUUUCGAGAUGAGGAUGUUUUUGUCUGUGAAUCACGGUAUUCUGCCAAAACCAAAUCUUUCAAAAAAAUCAAACUGUGGACAAUGCCCAUCAGUUCAGUUAGGUUUGUUCCUCGGGAUGUUCCUCUGCCUGUGGUUCGAGUGGCCUCUGUAUUUGCAAAUGCAGAUAAAGUUGAAGAUGACAAAAACACCGACAACUCAGAAGAUAGUCGAACCGAAGACAAUUUUAACUUAGAAAAGGAGAAAGAAGAUGUCCCUGUGGAAAUGUCAAAUGGUGAACCAGGUUGCCACUAUUUUGAGCAGCUUCGUUACAAUGACAUGUGGCUAAAGGUUGGAGAUUGUGUAUUCAUCAAGUCCCAUGGCCUGGUGCGCCCUCGUGUAGGCAGAAUUGAAAAGGUAUGGGUUCGAGAUGGAGCUGCAUAUUUUUAUGGCCCCAUCUUCAUUCAUCCAGAAGAAACGGAACAUGAACCCACAAAAAUGUUCUACAAAAAAGAAGUAUUUUUGAGUAAUUUGGAAGAAACGUGCCCUAUGACAUGUAUUCUGGGAAAAUGUGCUGUGUUGUCUUUCAAGGACUUCCUCUCCUGCAGGCCAACUGAAAUCCCGGAAAAUGACGUGCUGCUUUGUGAGAGCCGCUACAAUGAGAGUGACAAACAGAUGAAGAAAUUCAAGGGACUUAAGAGGUUUUCACUCUCUGCAAAAGUAGUUGAUGACGAGAUUUACUAUUUCAGAAAACCAAUUGUUCCUCAGAAGGAGCCGUCACCUUUGUUGGAAAAGAAGAUUCAGUUGCUCGAAGCUAAAUUUGCUGAGUUAGAAGGUGGAGAUGAUGAGAUGGAAGAGAUGGGAGAAGAAGAUAGUGAGGUCAUUGAGCCUCCUUCUCUACCCCAGCUUCAGACUCCCCUGUCCAGUGAGCUGGAUCUUAUGCCCUACACACCCCCACAGUCUACCCCAAAGUCAGCCAAAGGCAGUGCAAAGAAGGAAGGCUCCAAGCGGAAAAUCAACAUGAGUGGCUAUAUCCUGUUCAGCAGUGAGAUGAGAGCUGUGAUUAAGGCCCAGCAUCCGGACUACUCUUUUGGUGAGCUCAGCCGAUUGGUGGGGACAGAAUGGAGAAAUCUUGAGACAGCAAAGAAAGCAGAAUAUGAAGAGCGGGCAGCUAAAGUUGCUGAGCAGCAGGAGAGAGAGCGAGCAGCACAGCAACAGCAGCCGAGUGCUUCUCCCCGAGCAGGCACCCCUGUGGGGGCUCUCAUGGGGGUGGUGCCACCACCAACACCAAUGGGGAUGCUCAAUCAGCAGUUGACACCUGUUGCAGGUGUGAUGAACCAAGGGGUGGCCCCCAUGGUAGGGACUCCAGCACCGGGUGGAAGUCCGUAUACACAGCAGGUGGGAGUUUUGGGGCCUCCAGGGCAACAGGCACCACCUCCAUAUCCUGGCCCACAUCCAGCUGGACCCCCAGUUAUACAGCAGCCAUCAACACCCAUGUUUGUGGCUCCCCCACCAAAGACCCAGCGGCUUCUCCACUCAGAGGCCUACCUGAAAUACAUCGAAGGACUCACUGCUGAGUCAAAUAGCAUUAGCAAGUGGGACCAGACCCUCGCAGCUCGAAGACGUGAUGUUCACUUGUCAAAAGAACAGGAGAGCCGCCUUCCCUCUCACUGGCUCAAAAGUAAAGGGGCCCAUACCACCAUGGCAGAUGCCCUCUGGCGCCUUCGGGAUUUGAUGCUCCGAGACACCCUCAACAUUCGCCAAGCAUACAAUCUAGAAAACCUUUAAUCAUAUCAAUUACGUUUCUUUUAUAGAAGCAUAAAGAGUUUUGUGGAACAGUAGCCAUUUUAGUUACUGGGGUGGGGGGAGGAACAAAGGAUGAACAUUUUUAUUGCGUUUUACUGUACAUCACAAGGCCAUUUUUAUAUAAGGACACUUUUAAUAAGCUAUUUCAAUUUGUUUUUGUUAUAUUAAGUUGACUUUAUCAAAUACACAAAGAUUUUUUUGCAUAUGUUUCCUUCGUUUGAAACCAGUUUCCUAAUUGGUUAUAUAUGUAGACUUGGAGUUUUAUCUUUUUACUUGUUGCCAUGAAACUAAAACCACCAAAGGUUUUUGUCUUGGCUGGGGGUUUUUGUUUUUUGUUUUUGGGGGGCUUUUUCUUUUUUGUUUUUAUAAAGAACAAACAAAAUGAAAAAAAAUAACACACAAGAGUUUACAGAUUAGUUGAAGUUGACAUUGACAAUGAAAUGUGAAGUUGGUCCUAGUUUACAUCUUAGAGAGGGAAGUAUACUUUUGUCUGUUUCAUGUGCCUGAAUAUCUUAAGCCACUUUCACAAAAGCUAUUUGUUAAGAGAUGAAGUGACGGUUCACUUCACUUGAAAGGUUAUUUAGGUUCUAGAUGUUUAGCAGACACAGCAGAUUUGUUGUAUUGCAACAGCUCGUUAGAGAAAUAUGAAAUCAGUGCUGUGUGUCCUGGCCUCUCCUGGAUACCUAGAAGGAGAGGUGCUAAAUUAUACAUCUCUGGAGUCCAUUCAUCAUUUUUGCAGAACAUGUGCACAAUCCUGAAUUAUAUUUAGUCUCGGCAGGUAAGUUUAAGGGUACUUUUGGUCUAUUUAUAGUGAAUACACAAUUUAUACCUAUACAUGUUUGACGAUUUGAAUAUUUAAAUCUCUCACAUUGCAAAACAUUGAAGUUCAUCUUGAAAAAAGCAUUGAGGUGUACAUGGAGGUGAUUUACUUUUAAACACAACACCUAACCUAAUCUGGAUGUCUGUGAGAAGUAGAUUGCCUGCAUAUGCAGAUCUGUUUUAGUAUUAUUUAUUUCUACCUUAUCAGAUAUGGCUUUUUUCUUCUUCCAAGAUUGUAAUUCUCAAGCAGAAAUUUAAGACUUUCUAAAACAUUUUUAAAUUUAGCUUGUGCUUUUGAAUUUCAGGAGAAAGGAAACAUAAUUCAAGAAAGUGCUCACUAAAAAGAUCAUUAUAGAUCCCAAAUACCUGGAUUUGAUGACACUCUCUCUUAUGUGACCCUAGAAUUAAUAUUUAAAGGCCGUUUGUGACAGUUGUUUGCUCAGUCAGGUACAGGCAGAAAGCAUUGAACAUGCAACAGUAUUUUCACUGUGUGGCUUUAAAACCUGCUUUACUGUAAUAGCAUGAUUGCCACUGAGGUAGAGCAUCCACUGCUGUGUGUUGUUUGUGAAUGGAAAGGAAGGUGACUCUCAGAGGAUUUUUUUUUUCCUUUUAAUCUGGUAUGGAUCAAUACCUGGAUAUUUAAUUACUAUUUUUACUAAAUCAUGAGGACAAAAGCGUAGAAUGGAAUGAAGUCUCUUGUAUCUAAAUACCUUAAAUACAUGAGGCCCUUAUAACUUAAUUGCCUAUAGUCAACCACUGGAUCUCAGUAUGCAUCAAGUAUUUUAAAUCUGAAUUUUAAGAAAAUGUAUUGCAGUCAUAUGUCAGUACCUUAUUGUUAACUGAAUCAGAUAAGGAAAUCUUCAGUUCCUAAUUAUUUGGGCCAUUGAAUCAUCAUCAUGGAUUGUAUACUACAAUCAGAUUAUUUUAUUUCUCGACAUCCUUGAAUUACACCAAAGAACCUGAAAUUUAAUUUUGGUUAAGUUAUUUAUUUAUUUCAUGUAUCCAUUUUAUUUCCCCUUUAAGGUCUGAAUGAGACUUCUUUUGGAAGUCUCUAAAAACUCUUCACUGUGGGCUGAGUGGGGCAUUAGAAGCCACAGCACUCCUCCUCGGGGCUCUUUCCCAGAGGUGUUGUAGGAACCGUAGAUGCAGCCAAGGGCUUCGCUAAGGCAGUGCACAGUUGGGCCAGGGGGCCACUAGGCAGGCCCUAAUUAAGUUGUUGGUUUUUUUUUUUUUAAGUAUGUAUUUAUUUUAGAAUCAUGUCUUUCUGUACAUUAACUGGGAGGCUAUCAGCUAAUAUUUAGGAUAUAAAUUUGAAGUCAGCCAUCUCCCAAAAAAGGAAAAAAAAAAGUCCUGAUUUAAGAAAGUACAAGUAAACCAUUUAUCUUUUUUUUUUCCAUAAAUUUUAGGAAUUGUAGCAAUAUGGCUUAGAAAGUACAAUAGCCUAAAUGAUUACAAAAUGUAAGUUCAUGUGGAAGAGACUUUUGGUUAUGUGCAGAAAAAAACCUAUAGGUUUAAAGUAGUAUGUCAGCUAACUGAUUAAAAGGCCUUGAAUUGCUUUGUUUUUGAACUUACCCUUCUCUUCCUAUGAGGAAGAAUUGAGAAGGGGACACUUCUUUGUGUAAUAUCUCUAAAUUGGUGUUGUUGACUUUUAAGCUUGAACAUUUUCAGACAUGAUUAAAACUUGGUUUAUUCUUAUUUCUGUAUCAAAGAGGUUUCAGUGGUAACUAGUCUUAUAACAUGUAUGUAUCAUAUGUUUGUUCAUCUAAAGCUUUUUAAUCCAAAUAAAAAUGGAGUUUGCAAAGUGA